UGCGCGCUCUGGAGCCGCGGGCGGUCGAGAGCUGUAGGCGUGAAAAAAAAGACUCCCGAGUCCCGAGGUCCACGCUUGGGCAGACGAUCGGGGCAGCGGGGACACCUUCUACUGUAGUACCCCGGGAGUUUCCCCACAGUGCACACCAAGAAUUGUGACGUAAAAUGGUGCUCGACGCGUCCAGGUCGCGUCAAACAUGCCAAGACGUCCUUUUUGACGCCCCGUGAGUGCCCUUACCACCGUCAGCAACCCAAAGAUAUGGAUCUUGUACAGGAAGCCUCUGCGGAUGAGCUCCGCGCCAUUGUCUUCGCGCUAUGUAAGGACGCGUCGAUCGAGAAGAAGUUUGCAGCCCACUUCAAGCAACUCAGAGCUGCCGAGGCAAAUGCUGCGAAGACUGGCGAGAAGAGGAAGGCCUCGGACCAAUUCUUCAUAUGCGUCCGCUGCGGGGAGACCUUUAGCGAGGAAUCCAACAGUUCCAAGGCUUGCACCUAUCACCACGGGGAGCUGGAGCUAGGUGACGAUGACGACGACUUUUGGGCCGACCACGACGAGAGAUGCCAUGGAACGAUAGACACCAAGGAAAUGCGGGAGGAGUACCCAGAAGGCUUCACCUGGGACUGCUGUGACCAGGUGGGCACAGCUCCUGGAUGCACCAAGGGUCAUCACUAUGCCAUCGAGGGCAAGAGGAUGAAGACCACAACGGAUGCGGAUUCUGUAUCGGACGAUCUGGAAGGUGAUGAGUAGGACGGGCCUGUUCGUGAAGAGCAACUGUCAUGUCGCUGGCGAAUGUUUGAUGUGCAAUAUGCCAUUCCCGUUGAUGAGUACUUGAGACUUGGAAACAUGCUGGCAGACCACUUUGAUUGACCCCAGUUGAAUGUAGGAAGCACUAAUCACUAACUAAAGCGUAUCAGAAGCCCGUUGUUAUCUGCGAGCACACAGCCGAGAUGGAGAGUAGACCAGCCACGGCCUCCAGCUAUCCACAAUACCUC